GACAGGGAAUUCCCUGCUAGGCCUGGGAGGUCACAAGACAGCCUCCUUUACCUUCUGUUGUGUCAGUGAUCAAGCUGCGAGUGUACUGAGCUAGCUGCUGCUGUGUGUCAUGGACGAGCAUGGGCUGCCUAUAGUUGGAGCAGGAGUGGAUUACACCAAGGUUCCUGCUCUGGAGCACAAGAAGACGUUGAUCUUCCUCAACCGUUUCAUCAUACAAUCCACUCAGUUCCUCAACAGAUUCUCCACCGUCUGUGAGCAGAGGCUGACGGAGCUCUCCACUCGUAUUCAGAGACUCGACAUAUCCCUCAAUAUUUUAGAGGCCAAGUUAUCCUCCAUCCCGUACCUUGACUCAGUGCAGGCCACAGCUCAAUAUCAGCCUCCGGAUGCCAUAGCAACAGCGGGUGCUACCACGGCAGCUAAAGAUGCCCCACCCCCCUCCACAGGUCCGCCCCCUCCCUCCUCACAGCCGCCCCCUCCUCCUGGAGCAGCGGACGAGCCGCCCCCUCCACCACAACCACUGCCAGAAGCUGCUGAGGCCAGCAAAGGAAGGAAGGUCAAGGACGACCCUCGCUAUCAGAAGUUCUUUAAGAUGAAGAGAUUGGGUGUUAAUCCGCUGCAAAUCGCCAUGGAGAUGAAGCGACAUGGUCUCAAUCCAGACAUGAUAGAAGAUGAGGAGGCGGAGCUUCCGGCUGACGAUGUUGCUGUGGCAACUGGUGGUGGAGGUGGUGAUGACAGUGACGACAGUGACAACUCUCAAUCAGAUAGUGAUGACACUAACUCUGACGAUAGCUUUGACUCAGCCUAGUGUAUCCUUAAUAGCUUAGAGCUCUCUGUGCUAUUGUCCUGUGUAGUGUGUGUGUGUGCUAUUGUCCUGUGUAGUGUGUGUGACAAUGCUAAUAACUUUUAUGGAAUUGGA